AUGUCAUAUCUAGACAACGUAGAGGCACCGAAAAACCAUUUGGACGAUGCAGAUUUCGACUUUCUUGUGUCUCAGCUCUUUACCAAGGUUGAUGGGGUCUCACAUCAAAAUCUUGGUGAGUUUCCAACAAUUUCUUCAAAGAAAGUCUACGUUAUAGAACAAUUCAUCAAGCAAUGGAAGACGUUUAUCGGUCCUGAUAUCAUGCCAGCGGCUCCUCUCAUAUUUCCUAACAAAGCCAAGCGAUUGUACUAUAUCAGAGAUACCACCCUUGCUCGUUUAGUGGUUAAAAUGUUGAAAAUUUCACCUAAAUCUCAAGACUACGAUAAGCUAUUCAAGUGGAAAAAACAUUACCAUGAAUAUAAACACCAUCAUAGACGAGACACCAGAAACUUGAAGUCGUUGCCGUUUAUCAUUGCCCAGAUAUACUCUGAAAGACGAGAUCCUGACAAAAUAGUCAAGCCAACCAUCAAGAUUUCAGAGGUCAAUAAAGUUCUCGAAACUUUGACCACAGAUGAAGCAUCCAAGUCAGCCCAACAAGUAGCAAUUCUCGAGCCAGUGGUGGAGAAGCUCACUAUAGAACAGUUGCGGUGGUUUUUCACUAUUCUUCUCAAAAUAUCGACUCUUGGAUCAUUCGAAACUGCUUUCUUUGAACGAUGGCAUCCUGAUGCUCCUCGCUUAUAUGGUCUUUGCAAUAACUUGUCAAAAGUUUUUUGGCUCCUUACUGACCCCGAGGUUAGACUCACAGAUGAUCAACUCACUAUCCAGCCAUUUUACCCUUUUCUUCCUCAGCUCUCACAGAAGGUUAACAUAUCGUACGAAAAGCUUUGUGCCAGAAUGAACAAUGCAUUUUAUAUCGAAGAAAAGAUGGAUGGUGAUCGGAUGAUACUACACUUUCAAGACUCGAGAUUCAAAUUCUUUUCUAGGAGAACAAAGGAUUAUACCCUUCUCUAUGGAGCUAGUUUUCAAAUAGGCUCAUUGACAAAAUAUCUUACCGAUGCCUUUCAUCCAAGAGUGAAAAGUAUCGUUCUAGAUGGAGAAAUGGUUGCCUGGGACUUUAAGCGAAAGGUUAUUCUCCCCUUUGGGACUCUCAAGACUUCUGCUGUUCAAGAAGCUGUUCGGCAGUUUACCACAACGGACGUUUUUGAAGAACAAUCUGCUUGGCCCUUAUUUAUUGUUUUUGACGUUCUUCAUGUCAAUGGAAAAAAUUUAACAAACCACAAGCUUUCUUAUCGCAAACAGCUUCUCCGAAGCUUGAUCAAUGAGAUUCCUCAUAAGUUUGAACUAUUGCCAUUAAUGAAGGGUUCAGAUCCUGAUGAUAUCAAAUUGGCCAUCAAGAACGUGAUAAGCGAUAGAGGCGAGGGUUUGGUCAUAAAGAAUGUUGAUCUGAAGUACCACGUUGCCCAGCGUGACAAUUCUUGGGUAAAAGUGAAACCAGAGUACUUGGAGCAAUUUGGUGAAAAUUUGGAUUUGGUGAUAAUAGGCUUGAUCCCUGCAGUGAAGAACUCGUACAUGUGUGGAUUGCGAGACAAGGAAAACGGCAACGUUUUUAAAUCGUUUUGCACUGUAGCCAAUGGUUUUACAGAAGGUGAAUUUGAUCGACUUGAACGUCUAACUGCGGGAAAAUGGAAUAAUUUGAAGACAAAUCCACCACCUACGGAUCUUAUUCAAUUUGGGCGCAAAAAACCCGAUUUCUGGAUCAACCCAAACGACUCUGUCGCUCUUGAAAUUAAAGCAAGGUCAAUCGAUGUGUCAUUGGAGGAAACAUAUGCAGUGGGAACCACUUUGCACAAUCUCUAUUGUCGUCGUAUAAGAGACGACAAACUAAUUGAGGACUGCGUGACGCUUCAAGAGUACCGUGAAAUGAAGCUCAAGUACUCUAGUGACUUUAACAAAUCACAAACUAUUUUGCAAGGCAGAAAAAGAAAAGCAAAUUCAUUUUUACUCGAGCAGGCAUCGAAGCAAGUAAAAACUGAAGUAACUUCCAAUUUAUUCAGCAACUUUCAGUUCUUGAUCCUAUCUGAUUGCAAGAAAUCCAGAGACAAUGAACGUCUUUCGGUAGAAGAUCUCAGUCGUAUAGUGAAGCUGCAUGGUGGAAUGCUUAUACGGAGCCAUAAAUUGGCCAAAGAACCUGAUCGGCAAACCAUCGUCAUAUCUGAGGUAGCAAUUCCUUCCACCGAGGCAAUAGUAAACUAUGGAUUGGAUAUCUUGAAGCUGGUGUGGGUUUUCAAUUGCAUUGAAAGUAAUGCCAUAGUUCCUUUAGAGCCUUCUAUGAUCUUUCGAACGAGAAGUGUGGAUCUACUCAAGAAUUCUCUGGCACGACUAGAUGUUUAUGGCGACAGCUUCACACAGCGAGUUGAUUUACCAAUUGUUGAGUUUUGCAGACGCAUUGAAAAUCCACAAUUAACUGACAAUGACAUCAAAUGCGCUAAAGAAGAGUUCUUGCACGAAUUGGGAGACAAUCCUCCGUUGGCAUUUCUAUUCAAUGAUGUCAAAUUCCUCAUCGUGGCAGCUCACAAUUGGGCUAAGGAUGGGUUACGCCGCAAGGUUGAACGAUAUGGUGGACAAAUUAGUGAAACUUUGGGAGACUGUUCUUUUGUAGUGGUUGCAAAUGAAGAAGGUGAUGAAACACUUGCGGCACGAAUUGAUGUUAUAAGUCACGAUAUUGCUGAUUCGGUGUCGUUUUCCAACUCAUCCAACUUGCCCAUUCCCAGCAUAGUCAAAUCCAGCUUCAUUGACCUGUGCAUAGAACAUAGGGUGCUCGUCGAUGCAGCCGAUUUCUCUAUCGGCAGGAAAUCGAAAAUGCGAAAAAAUUAG